GCCGACGAAAGAUUUGUCUGGAACCGCUUUAUUUUGCAAGAAUGGGCCUCUCAAUUGUCUGCUGCUGCCUCUUCGCAAGGAUUUAUUCUCCCUAACACUAAUCAAACCACCCUCUCUUGGAUAGGCGAGUUAUGCUUGCCUAUUAUCCAUGGUUUCGCAGCUAUACAUUCUAUCUGGCAGCACCAGGCCAAUUCUUCCACUCCAUUCAUGGUGAAAGGUACUCAAGCUACAAUAUAUGCUCUCAUAUCACGUCGUUGCACCUUCCGAGCUGGAACUCGAUUUUUUACUCGUGGCGUUGAUCAAUCUGGCCACGCCGCCAACACAGUGGAGACAGAACAGAUCCUUGUUGUACCGCCGCAUCACCAAUUCUCAUUUACACAAGUAAUCCAUUUUUACCACUGA